GGGGCCGCCAUGGUGGCGCGGGCGCUGUGGGCGCUGCUGGCGGCGCUGCGGGCGGGCUGGUGCCUCCUGCCGCAGAGCGGGUACCUGCACCCCGACGAGUUCUUCCAGGCGCCCGAGGUCAUGGCAGGAGAUAUUUUAAAUCUACAGGUCUAUUAUCCAUGGGAGUUCCUUUCCAACUCUCCUUGCAGAACAGUUGUUUUCCCAUUAAUGACAUCAGGAGUUACGUACUGGGUGAUCAAGUCUUUGCAGCAGUUGGCCAUAUGUUCAAGUUGCAUCAACAGCUACACUCUCCUUGUAUCUCCUCGCCUGCUCUUUACAAUCUUUUCUUUCAUACUCGACUAUAGUGUUUAUCAAUUGGCCCCUCUCUGGGGAGCAGAUCCAUGGAAAGCGCUGGUGCUUCUUGCUGGAUCCUAUGUCACGCUGGUGUUUUAUACAAGGACGUUUACCAACACACUCGAAGGACUUCUCUUUGCUCUUCUCAUGGUAUUGGUUUCUUCAAAGAAUUCCAGUGGCCGCUCAGCAGAGCCUAGAAGCAGCUCUCUCUUAGGCAUCGUAACAACUGCAGGGUUUUUCAACAGGCCAACCUUUCUGGCAUUUGCUCUAAUGCCUCUGCUAUACUGGGCCAGUUUAACUGUUGACUCUCAAAAGAGCAUUAAAACUCUCAUAAAUGACUUCUUGAAGUUUAUCCUAUGUGCAUGUUUUACCGCUUUUGUUUUCAUAACUGCUGACACCUUCUAUUUUACCUCCGUGAGCUUAGACAACCUCUACAGCACUAAUAAGAGCAGCCUAAUUGAUGUAAUCGUUCAAUUACAUGACAAAAUGGUAGUAACCCCCUUCAAUUUUCUCAGCUAUAAUCUUAAUCCUCAUAAUCUUGCACUGCAUGGAAGUCACCCACGAGUUACACAUUUUACAGUCAAUGGAGUGAUGCUGUUUGGUAUCUUACAUAUCCUGGCCAUCAGUGCUGGCUUUAAAAUGCUAAAGAAAUAUGUCCAUCAGUUAAUGCUGGUCAGAUGGUGUUACCGUGGGCUGCCUGGGCUCUCAGUGCAUUCUGAGGGCAGUCCAACGUUGCUGCUGUUUUAUUUUGUUCCUUUGGCAUUUCUCUCCCUGUUCAGUCACCAGGAGCCUCGGUUUCUCAUCCCUCUCAUCCUGCCAUUGGUCCUGUUCAGCGCAUCACCAAGCAGAGCUGAGAAAUGGAAGCUCCUCAUUGUUCUGUUCAACCUUCUGGGGGCACUUCUGUUUGGGUGCUUACACCAGGGAGGGCUCAUUCCCUGUUUGUUUCACUUGGAGCAGCUCAUCCAUUCUCCAGCGUCCUCAAGCCACCCGCAGCACUACACUCUGCUCUUUGCACACACCUACAUGCCUCCGAGGUCUCUGCUCAAUAUCAAGAAGACAGAUGUGCAUGUGGAAGUCAUUGACAUGGCUGGGGCUGGAGAAGAAACCCUCUGCCAGACACUAGAACAGCGAGCAAGCAAUUUUACCUGCAGCAACUGUCACAUCUUUAUUAUAAUCCCUGGUACUGUCAGAGCCACAGUUACAAAAUGUGGUGUCUCAUUCAAGAAUGAGACUUUGAUAUUUCCUCACUUAUCAAUGGAAGACCCACCACAAAUACCUGUCCUAUCCAGUGGAAAUUGGAGGAGUCAGUUAGGACUUUACAUCCUUGAGCUAAACAGAGAUCAUCAGAGCCUUUAGAUUUUAGAACAAAGUUUUAGUCUUUUAUUUCAUUUGGGUGCUGUCUGAUGGUGGUGUGAGACCUUCCUCUUUCAUACACCCCCUUUCAGCAUCAGCAAUGGCACUGGGAGCUCUCCCACAUCUUUUUAUUCCCAUUCCUCACACUCUUAGGGUAGCCAGUUCUGGGUAGAACCUGCUUAAAAUUUGACUUACUCAGCCCUGUGGUGUUUCAUGUGAACUUUUGUACUUCUGCUCCUGAGAGGGGAUGAAAUCAGAGCCCACCAAAACUCUGAUUGAAGCUUAGCGGUUUCCCUGCGAGAUUUAGUUUUGAAAGCUCUAAUAAUCUGACAGGGUUUGGGGACUGUGGGGUGUUUACUGAUAACAGGCAUUAAUUCA